AUGGCUGAACACCGGUCGCCCUGCCCCCGCCUUCCGCCUCGGUUUGUAAACUCUUGCCUGUACAGACAGUGGGUGAUUGUCUCCCCGGAACUGACUGGCCUCCUGCAGGCCUGUGAGGCCAUGGCACCGGCUGCAGUACUGUUGUAUGUCGCUGUAUGGUGCUUUAUAUCCCAGGGGAUACCAGCUAUAGUUGCCGAUACCUGUCCGGCUCUACCUGACGUAGUAAACGCUGACAGGACAGGAAACGGAACGGCUGUCGGGGAUGUAGUUUUGUACCAAUGUGAGCCGGGCUUCACCAUGACAGGAGUGUCCAACCUCACCUGUCUAGCAGGGGUUCCACCCAGCUGGGACAACAGUCCGCCUAACUGUGCAGCUACGUGCCCGGUGGAAGAACAACGUGCUGCCGGUUCUGGAGUCAUUUUAAGCCCCGGGUAUCCAGAGCAGUACGGAAUCGACCAGGACUGUGUUUGGGUCAUACGUGGGUGUGGAGGACCGGUCACCUUAUCCUUCCGGUCCUUCCAGACGGAGGAGGACUACGACUUUCUCAAUGUGUAUGACGGUUCACUGGACACCGCAGCUGUAGAGUACAGCGGACAGCUGGACCUGAAGAACUACACCAGCACCACGUCUGUACUGUACCUGCAGUUUACAAGUGAUGGGAGUGUAACCGACAGCGGCUUCUGGAUCGACUAUAGCUCGGCUUGCUGCAGUGACCCAGGAGCUCCACUCAAUGGCAACAGAGCAGGAGACAGCUUCAGCCCAGGUGACGUCGUGGUGUUCUCCUGUGACGACGGAUUUGAGUUGAUUGGGGAAAGUAACGCCACCUGUCGAGAGGCGAACAGCAGUGCAGGAUACUACUGGUCCAAUCCUGCACCAGUCUGUCAGCCUGUAGUUGUCGAUACCUGUCCGGCUCUACCUGACGUAGCGAACGCUGAGAGGACAGGAAACGGAACGGCUGUCGGGGAUGUAGUUUUGUACCAAUGUGAGCCGGGCUUCACCAUGACAGGAGCGUCCAGCCUCACCUGUCUAGCAGGGGUUCCACCCAGCUGGGACAACAGUACGCCUAACUGUACAGCUACGUGCCCGGUGGAAGAACAACGUGCUGCCGGUUCUGGAGUCAUUUUAAGCCCCGGGUAUCCAGAGCAGUACGGAACCGACCAGGACUGUGUUUGGGUCAUACGUGGGUGUGGAGGACCGGUCACCUUAUCCUUCCGGUCCUUCCAGACGGAGGAGGACUACGAUUUUCUCAACGUGUACGACGGUAGGUAG